UUUGCUUUUGCUUGAACACGCAGCGUGCUGCGUUUCGAUCGUGAAUAACAUCUAAAUUCGGAUUGUUGUUGUUUCGUUCAUAUACAUUUUUUUGUUGUUGUUUUGUAUUGUUGUUACAUCGUACGCCGAAAAACAAAUACAUUUAAGAUUAAGAGAGAGAAAAACAAUGCUUUCGCUGCAGAACCAACGGCAACCCAAGACGACGCCCCUCGUCGAUGACUAUGAAAUAUCGGACACCGUGCUGGGACUGGGCAUCAAUGGCAAAGUGGUGCAGUGCACCAAUCGACGCACCAAACAGAAUUACGCCCUCAAAGUGCUGCUCGAUAAUGAGAAGGCGCGACGUGAAGUCGAUUUGCAUUGGCGGGUCAGCGCCUGUCGGCACAUUGUCAACAUUAUCGAUGUCUACGAGAACACCUACAGCGGUCGCAAGUGUCUUCUGGUCGUCAUGGAAUGCAUGGAGGGCGGCGAGCUGUUCCAGCGCAUACAGGACAAGGCAGAUGGAGCAUUUACGGAACGGGAGGCGGCACAGAUCAUGCACGAGAUAUGCGCGGCCGUACAUUAUCUGCACACUCGGGAUAUAGCGCAUCGGGAUCUGAAGCCAGAGAACUUGCUCUAUACGACAAAGCAGCCAAAUGCGAUACUGAAACUGACCGAUUUCGGUUUCGCCAAGGAGACAUUCAGCAACGAUACGCUACAGACGCCCUGCUAUACGCCCUACUAUGUCGCCCCCGAGGUGCUCGGUCCAGUGAAGUAUGACAAAAGCUGUGACAUUUGGUCGCUGGGCGUGGUUAUGUACAUAAUAAUGUGCGGCUUUCCGCCGUUCUAUAGCAACCACGGUCUGGCCAUAUCGCCGGGCAUGAAGAAACGCAUUCGCACCGGACAAUACGAUUUCCCCGAUCCGGAGUGGACGAACGUCAGUCAAGGGGCAAAGGAUCUGAUCAAGGGCAUGCUCAACGUGGAUCCCAGCAAGCGGUUGCAAAUCGGCGAUGUCUUGAGCAACAAAUGGAUAGCACAGUUCCAUCAGGUGCCUCAGACGCCGCUCUGCACCAAUCGCAUGCUCAAGGAGGGCGAGGAAAUCUGGCCCGAAGUCCAGGAGGAGAUGACACGCUCCCUGGCCACCAUGCGUGUGGACUACGAUCAGAUGCAAAUCAAGGCGCUGGACAAGUCAAACAAUCCGCUGUUGACGAAGCGCAGGAAAAAGAUUGAGGAGCUUGCGGCUUGCUAUGGGACGCAAAAUAAGUGAGGAGAGCAAAGCAGCAAAAGGAAAAGCAACGACAAGAAUUCAAGGAAUUAAAAAGGACAAAACCAACAACGCCAAACCCCUCUUUCUCCCCUCUCUCCCAGCACCUACAACAAAAAAAGAAAAAGAAACCGCAAAAUGCGUUGAAUUUACUUAUAUCAAACAAAAAAAAAGAUUACGACGCUUUAAAUGAGAAAAAACAACAAGAAAACUACGAUAAAAUAUUGUUCUACAACUUAUACCAGACGACUUCCCUUCUACCUUCUGCACCGCCCCUGCCCCGCCUACCACCUAUGUUACAUAAUGUUUUCAAUUGUGUUUGUUUUCGUUUUACCAUACAUAUAUAUAUAUUUUUUUUUGUAAUGUCUUUCCACAUAAUUUGAGUUAGAAGGUAUUAAGGGUAUUUCUUUUAGUCUGAUAAAGUGCUCUUUCAUAAUGAAACUAAACCUACGCAACUAUAUAUAUCUAAUGUAUAAUGUAUGUGUAUAUUGUAACGACGAUAAACAAAAACAAACGACAAACAAUUAACUAGACAAGAUCCGGCUAAAGCCAGUCCUCCAAAAUAAGCAAAAAAAAACAA